AUGGCGGCGGUGGAGGCGGCGGGGGCUGCGCCCGACUACGAGGCGGCGGAGCUGUACACCCGCGUCUUUCGUGUGGGCGCCCUUGGCCGCUGCUGGCGGCAGCAGCUGGGGCCGCCCGACCUCUCGCUGGCGGCGGAGGCGGCAGCCGCGGCGGACGCGGCCGCAGCGGCGGAGCUGGGCUGCGCGGCGGAGACGGCGGCCGAGCUGCGGGCCGUGUGCAGCAUUGAUAUGUUAAUGUCUUCUGAUAAAGAAAAGGACCCAGAUGUUAUUCCUGAAGAUAGCAGUCUGCUAACUCUUCGAAUUAGAAAGAAGGCAUUAGAGAGGAGAGAAGAAACAAUUAUUGUGGAUCGGGCUUGCAGACAAGAGACUCUUGCUUAUGAGAUGGAGUCACAUGCAAUUGGGAAGAGGCCAGAUAAUCCAACAGAUCUAGUUGAGGAGGGCGAACUACUUUUAACUCUGAACAUCUUCUAUCCUGUCAUAUUUCAGAAGCAUAAAGAUCACAAACCCUAUCAGACAGUCCUCGUACUGGGCAGCCAGAAGCUCACUGAGCUGAGAGACUCUAUUUCCUGUGUCAGUGACCUCCAGAUAGGUGGCGAGUUCAGCAGUCAGCCAGAUCAAGCACCAGAGCACAUCAGCAAGGAUCUCUACAAAUCUGCUUUCUUUUAUUUUGAAGGCAUCUUUUAUAAUGAUAGAAGAUACCCAGAGUGCAAAGAUCUGAGCAGAACAAUUAUUGAGUGGUCAGAAUCUCAUGACAGAGGCUAUGGAAAUCUUCAGUCUGUUAAAAUGGAGGACUACACAUUUAAUGAUUUGUCCCUCAAAAUUGGCUUUCCAUACCUUUUCUGCCACCAAGGGAACUGUGAGCACAUCGUUAUCAUCACAGAUAUAAGGCUCAUUCAUCAUGAUGACUGCCUGGACAGGAACCUCUAUCCCUUGCUAAUCAAGAAACACUGGUUAUGUACCAGAAAAUGUUUUGUGUGCAAAAUGUAUACAGCCAGGUGGGUAACCAACAAAGACAGUCUGGCACCAGAGGAUCCUUGUUUCUUCUGUGAUGUUUGUUUUCGGAUGCUCCAUUAUGAUGCAGAAGGCAAUAAACUGGGGGAGUUUCUUGCGUAUCCUUAUGUUGAUCCUGGGAUUUUCAACUGAAACUGACAUGAGCCAGAAUUAAUUCAAUGAACUACAUUGGUGAAUCUGUGGUUCUGGCUGUUAAAACCACCAAACAGCUUGAGUUUUGAGCAUAUUGCUGGGUUUUGGGUUAGGCUUUUAAUCCUCCCCCCUGAGGUGGAAGGAGCCCUUGGCACUUGGAAGUCUUUCCAGUGUGCUUUCCUGAGUAAGUAAGUAUGAUUUUAAAAAAUAAGUUAGCUUGGAAUUUUUUUUUUUUUUAUUUUUAUUUUAAUCAGUUUAUUUUAUUUUAUUUGUAUCAGUUACAUUUUUUAAUACACUUUGACAACAGUACAGUAGUUUGGAGACUAUGGACUCUAGAAGUAUGGAUGUAUAAAGACAGAAUACCUUGCAAAAGCAGCCGUGAUUUUGAGAAGUUCUGUGCAUCCAAGGCUCUGUUAACCUCAAACGAUGAGAAGAACAUGGUCUUCGGGCAUUGUACCUUGAGAACUCUGGCAGUUGUCAUCUGUGAGAAAGCAGGGAUAGCACUGAAUUUGUGGGGAGGAGAACGCUUUCUGAGAGAGAAGCUCAGAGUGCUUGUUAACUUCUAAGGUCUUUCCUGCAGACGGGGUGCUUGCAUCUGUGAGCUGCUGCUGUCCUUACAUUCUGACUCUGAGGACUUAUUCCUUGAAAAGUAAACUAUAUUUCACCAAUUACUGAAUUGUAACCUGCCUUUCAAAUGACUUUGUUAACUGUUUACAGUGUGUGAGGUUUUAA